AAGAAUCGGUCAAUGAUCAUAAACAAAAAUGUGGAUUUAUGUUGCAGGUGUGCAGAGAUCCGAGAUGGGGGCGGUGCUACGAGAGCUACACCAAGGAUCCGAACCUACGGGUACCCUACCUGAACCAACCCUGUCAACGUGGGUAAAGUCCGUGUUGACGGAUUUUGGGUCGUGUUCGGGUUUAAACCCUUUCACUAUUCACCGGGUUUAGUUGGGUUUGGAUUUAGGAUGAAGUUGAUAUUAUCGAGUGGAGAGUGAAGAAGCUUAAUUGACAAGGAGGAAGAAGUUUUCACUUAAUCAUGUUGUUUAUGGAUAAUUUGCGAUUUGCUUUAAUUUCAAGCUAG